AGCAAACAGACGACAUCUGAGCCUCUCCAGUCCCAGACAGCCCCAUUGUUGGAGCUUUUCAUCAUCUCAACAUUCAGCCUUCCUAGAAAGGGGGCCUCAGGGGCAGAAGCCAUGGGACAAGGAGGGCCAGGGCUCAGAAAUGGGUAACAAGCAGACUAUCUUCACUCCGGAACAGCUGGAUGCGUAUCAGGAUGCAACAUUUUUCACAAGGAAAGAAAUUUUAAGGUUGUUUGACAGGUACCGUGACCUGGCCCCUCAGCUGGUCCCGCCUGAUUACACAAACAAACCCAACGUGAAGCUCCCCUAUGAACUCAUUGGCAGCAUGCCGGAGUUGAAGGACAACCCUUUCCGGCAACGCAUAGCCACGGUCUUCUCUGAGGCUGGUGACGGCAACAUGACCUUGGAUGACUUCUUGGAUAUGUUCUCAGUAAUGAGUGAAAUGGCUCCUCGUGAUCUGAAGGCUUAUUACGCCUUCAAAAUCUAUGACUUUAACAACGACGAUUACAUCUGCAAAUCUGACCUGGAGAAGACCAUUAACAAACUGACCCGCAAGGAGCUGACCCCAGAGGAGGUGUGUCUGGUGUGCAACAAGGUGAUUGAGGAAGCCGACUUGGACAGUGAUGGCAAGCUGUCCCUGGAAGAUUUCCAGCACAUGAUUGUGAGAGCACCUGACUUCCUCAGCACUUUUCAUAUUAGAAUCUGA